AAGGCUUAAUGGGUGCCAAGGGUUAGGAUCUAUGAUAUAAGCCCUUGAUCCUGGUAAAUAGUGCAUGCAAUUGUGCUUUUUUAUUGCUUCACUUCACUGAACAAAAGCAUGUCUCACUACUUUCACAUAUAAACGAGUCUCCACGUCCUGUCAAAGAAACUCCAAGCUUCUUUUCAGAGAAUUGUCACCCUUGAAAGAUGGCCUUGAGCAGGAAAACAUUUUCUUUUGUUUUUGUUUUGCUCUUCAUUUUGGCUCAGCUUACAUCAGAGGGCCAGGCAGGACUCGAUUAUUCCCAGUCAUUUCCAGGAGGUGAGUUUGCUGUUUGUGAGCCAUGCAGGCUCGGUCGGGGCAAAUGCAGGAAGGUUUGUUUGGAGAAUGAGAAGAUUUCUGGAAAUUGCAAGCUGAACUACUUCUGCUGCCGGCACAGGAUCUGAUAAACUGACCCUCACCCGUCUGGCUUGGAAGCAGGUCUGGUUAUUCAAAGA